GUCGCUAACACUUAACCCGGAACCGUUUCACUGAGACACAAACUCAAGAGUAGCAUUGUGGUCUUGUUUCGACGUUUCAAAGGCAAAUAUCGGGGGUAUAACACAUGCUCUGAAUCUACUCGAAAUUAUCAGCCUUCGUCACCAUGGGUCCCCUCUUGCUGAAGCACCUGGCUGCCUCGCUGAGUCGACAGGUUCUCCAGAUGAGCCGUUUGAAUCCCACCGUCUCCACGACAGCGGCAAGCGUGUGCAGGUGCCUGUGGACGGCCACGGCCGCCCAGCGCUCGAUGUUCCUGCUGACGCCUCUUCUGUCGUCUGUCCUCCCGGUCCAGGGCGCGGCGUCCCUGCUGCGUCUCCCCGGGGCCCAUCCCUCUGCGGGGAUGAAGACCAAGUCGGCCCUGAAAAAGCGCUGCAAAGACUGCUUCUUUGUCCGAAGGCGGGGACGCUUGUUUGUGUUCUGCAAGACGAACCCGAGACACAAGCAGAGGCAGGUCUGAACUGUUGAGAGCGUGCUGAGAAAUGUACAAAGGAUUUACUGAAUCACUGCGGUCAUAAUAAAUUGUCAUGAUAUUGUCA